AUGACUUCAAGAUCGGCAUCCAUAGUCAUCACUCUUGAUAUGGUCAUGAUUCAAGAUGCACACUUGUCUAUAGAUGCUAAUGUCGUAAAAGAAUCAAUUUUACGAACUCCGAGAAUCAAACUGAAGCAAGAGGAGGCUGAUAGAAGUAGACUCCAUUUUAACCUCUACUAUUUAAAGAGUAUGCUCCCAAAAGUUAUAGUAAGGGGUAUAAGCACUGUUCAACGUGUUGUCAUUGAUGCAAAAGAAGUUAAAAAGAAUAAAAAGGAUCUUGAAGUUACAUGUGCUGAUGGUGAUAAAAGAGAAGAAAAGGAGUACAAGUUGUUUGCAGAAGGCACGGGUCUUCUGGCAGUAAUGGGCACUGAAGGAGUUGAUGGUUGUAAAACCACAAGUAAUGAUGUUAUGGAAGUGCAGCGGACACUUGGAAUUGAAGCUGCGAGAGUUUGCAUCAUUGAGGAGAUAAAGCAUACUAUGAAAUCGCAUGGAAUGAACAUAGAUGAUCGCCAUAUGAUUUUUUUAGCGGAUGUGAUGACGUAUCGGGGUGAAGUUCUUGGAAUCACAAGAUUCGGUGUUCAGAAGAUGGACAAAAGUGUUUUGAUGAUGGCUUCAUUUGAGCGGACAGAUGAUAUUCUAUUUAAUGCAUGCGUAAAUGGGAGAGUUGACAAGGUUGAAGGAGUAAGUGAAAGCAUAAUCAUGGGUAUACCAAUGCAGAUAGGCACUGGAAUAUUUAAAGUUAGACAAAGUUGGCAUGCUGUCAAGCUGACUAUUUGUUAA